AUGACAGCCAUGGAGGCCUCUUUGGCGCACCGAGUCGCCACGAGGAGACGCGGGCGCCUGCAGUUCUGCGUCCCGCGCGAAGACGGAACGUUAACCCUCCGAAGCUUCUCUGAGAAAGCUGGCCGGCGGCCGGACCCUCCCGGCCCGUCCAGUGACGCUCCAGGCGUCGAGGGCGCGUCUUCUCCCCGAUUCCGGCUCAGAGUGGCUGAAAAGGGGAUCGGCGACAAGCCCUUUUCUCGCUCAUGUUUUCCUUCCUCGACUCGUUCUUCCGAUUCGCCUCUUCACUUCUCUUCUCGGGGACGAAAGCCUGUUUUCACCUCCGUGGAACCGCAGUCGCCGUGCCUUGCCAGCGCACCUGUUCAGGGACUAGGCGACGGGCACGUCGCUGCAAGGCAAAGGCGCUCUGCUCUCGUUUUCCUUCAACAAAGAGCCUUCUCCGUGGUGCCGUCAACUUUGUCGAGUCGUUUGUUUUCCUCGCUCCAUUCAUUUUCCUCGCUCCAUUCACUUUCUUCGCCCCAUUUAAAUUCCUCGCCCCAUUCGUUUUCCUCUGCUCUUGCGCCUCCUGCUGUGUCUGUGUCUCCAACUGUCUCCUGUUCUUCUGCCUCGGCCUCGCGACUCCGCUUCGCGGCUCGCCACAGUUUCUCUUUGUUCACUCCGUCCCUUUCUCGCGUCCACGGCGUGACCGCCUGGGGCCCGACCGCCUGUCCCCUGCGGACCUUCGCCUCGGGGCGAGGCCGCCGCAGAGGGGUGAAGAAGCAGGAGAGGCAUCGCGAGUCGCGCCCGAGCAAGCGGAAGCACGUCGAAAUCGAGCGAAAAGUGAAGAAUCCCUUCGAGUUCGAAAAGCAACGCGACGGCAUCGAACUGGUCAAGAAGGGAGAAAUCUACUUCCCUGAAAACGCCGACGCGCACAAGCUCACAGUCCUCAUCUGCGCUCUAAACAAAUUCGGCUACGCCUCAGAUCGAGAGCUCCUCGCCAGGUACGCGGAGCGGGCCCUCGCGUUGGCGCCGUCUCUGUACCCGAAGCACGCGUCGCUGAUCCUGAACGUUUUGGCGCGGCACCGCUUCUCAGAUCCGGCGCUUCUGGAUGCACUGGGCAACUCGCUGGCGACGCGCUUGAGAAACGCGAACGCGCAGGACUUGGCCCUCAUUGCGAGUGCGUACGGGAAUCUGGGCUUCUUUCACCGGCGUCUGAUGAAACGCCUGAGUGAAGAGAUUCCGCACAAACUCCCGCAUUUCGAGCCGCAGCACGUGGUGGCUGUCGCCCACGCGUUCGCCAAGCUCGAGAUCCAGGAUGACCUUUUCUUCGACGACGUGGCGGAGCAAACGCUUCGGUUCUUGGAGGACUUCCCCCCCAGACCGACUGCUCUCAUGGCGAACAUUCUCGGCGCGCGUGUGCGGUACAAAAACCCUGCGUUCUGGCAAGAACUGCUCAAGCAUGCGGGGCACCUGCGUGACAAACUCGAGGCGCCCGACACGAUCAUGAUCGUCCACGGGGCGUCGGCAGUGGACGCGGCGGUGGACGAGGCGUUUCUCAAGCUCAUGACGCGCAAGGCAUGCGAACACUUUGGCAGCCUCAGUCUGCCGGAAAAGGCGCAAGCGAUCAACGCGUGCUCCCGACUGAGGUUUUAUGAUCCUCGGCUCUUCGCCUGCCUGACCAACUGGGUCGAGGCGUGCCCGGAGGAACUCGAGACGCUCGAGCUCCCCUUCAUCACCCAAGUGCUGCAUGCAUGCGGCAGACUGCACAACGCCCCCAGGCUCGUGCGGCCUCUGUGCCGGCGCCUCCACCGGUUGACAUAUUCGCGCUCAGAUGUCGCCUCCGAGCGCGCCCGACAGAGGGAUCCGCAACGAGGGGAGGCGCAGAGCUUGACGUCUCAGGAAGUCGCCGUCUUGCUGAGGGCCCUCAGCAGACUCAGGGCGGGGCAGUCGCGCGGCGGGGGCGGGCGCGAGAUCGCCCCGGAGUUGCGUUCCUCUCCACCUCGAGCCCGAGUUGCCGCGCCCUCCCCCGUGGCCUCAGCCGUCGAUCCUAACGCGCUGCGCAGCCACGGCGGCGGCCAAGAGGAAAUGGAUCCAGAAGAUGAACAGAUUCGCGACGAGCUCGUCGCGUUUCUGAGCCACGAGGUGACCCGACAGCUCAGCGAGUUCACGCCGCAGGGUCUGUGCGAGGCGUUGGACGCGCUCUCGGCGCUCGGCGUAGACAACGCAGUGCUGUUCUACAGAAUUAGCCAGGAACUGGGCGGAAAGCGACUCUGGCCUCUCCUGUCCGCUCCCAGCUGGUUGGCGAUUCUUCGAUCUUUCUACAGGCGAGGCCCCAAGGGGGACGUGCCUCUCGUGCGACGGUGUCUGACCCGACUCAGAGAGAGUAUCCGAACCAUGAGUGCGAACGACUGUCUCGCCACAAAGCAGGCGCUGGAAAGGAUGUGUCUCGACGUCGCUGCGGCAAGCACUGCCCUCCAGAGUGAAGCCGGUGCUCUGGAGGCGUGCACGCGCGUGGCGGAGCCGUCGCGGUCCCUCUCGCCUGCAGACGGAGGUUUGCCGGCGGAGAUGGAAUCCGUGCGGACGGAAGAAGUGCAGACUUCUGUAGUUUCGCCUAGUGAGAAAAGGGAGGCCGGGGAAGCGGGCGUCGCAGCGAGGAAUGGGGGACGCGGCGUGUUCGACGCUCCCCACUUGUCACAGCAAACACUCGCAGACCCGCGACCCACGACCAACCGAGGGGUUGCUGAAGUGAGUGUUCAGAGGCUCCCUUUGCUUCUCUCCGACGGGAAGCGAGACCACAGGCUGAGGCAACUUCGAUCUUUGGUGGCAGCUUGCGACGGCCGGCUGAAGACCGUGGGUUCCUUCGCUGCGUCGCCAGAGAGUCUCCCUGCCGACGUGCUGUCUGCGUUUUCGCCCAAGGCCGUCGGCCCGAGCGGCGGGCAAGGACAAGCCGCGGGGGUGAAGGGUGAUCGCCGGGUGUGGGGCUCUGCCGCCGCAGCUCUGGCGACAGCUCAGGCUGUCGCGGCCGAAGAGGCUCAUGCGGUUUCACUCUUCAGAAGAAAGAGCGAUGAACAGUUCCUGACAGACGAAGGUUCGGGGCACAGCGAGCGCGGCGCAGGGGACCUUGCUGCCGUGGACGUCGGACGGAGAGAAGAACCGGAAGUCCGUCAAGAAGUGCUGGAGAACGAGGGCGAACGCGGGCGACGCGCGAGCGGCGGGCGUCGGCGGGGCUCGCGGGGACAGAAGCCCUCAAACCAGGAAGACGGUCUGGGCGCGUGCUGGGCGGCGCCACGGGGCGAUCGACACUCGUGGCGAGAGUCGAGUCUGCAGCCUUUGCGAGCGCCGCGUCGCAGCGACAGUUUCAGCCCCGCUUCCGGCUCAGAGGAGACGCCUGGCCGGGGCGACUUUCCGGGAGACCCGUGGGGAAAGCCCCCAUCGCGAGAGGAGACACGGUGGAGAUCCCAGCCGGGCGCGCAUCGCAGCCCUCGCUCAGUUCCCGGCGACUCCCUCGACGACAUCGUCGCUCGCGUGCAAGGGCAGCAGAAAGCCUGCCCGGGUUUAGCGCCCGCCUCCCGGUGGCAGCGCGAGAGCGACGCCGCGGAAGGCCGCGAGGCGUGGACGGCCCCCGGGGGAGAGCGCGCGCCAGGGGAGACUCUCAAAACGGAACGACCGAUGCGGCCGAGUCUAAAGGAGCUUCUGCGCGGCGGUCACUGCGAGGCAAGUGAUUUUCAGGUGGACUGGAGCGCGAUGAACGAGAACGAAGGCGCACUGCGUCCCACGCCUCGCCAGGAUGGCGACCGAGCAGUCGGCGAGCGUGGCUGGGGAGCACGGGCAACUUCGGGGGCGGAGGAACCGGGUUCCUCGUUCUCAGGGGCAGGGAAGAGCGAAGCAGACUGUGUACCAGGGACAAAGGGAAGGAGAAAAAGACAAGCUGGCGGCGCUUCUUGUGGACCAGACGGAGACGCCCUGCGCGUGCAGACACGCCCCGGACAGGCACAGAAUUUGGCGGAGCUCCGAGAACAGUGGCAGAAGCUGUAUCUGCAGGAGGCGAGGCGUGGACCGUUGGUGGAAGCGGCGCAAGACCCGCCGGCGCUGGCGACUUUACUUGAUGGCGAGGAAAGAGCGGAAAGGAACAGAGAUGCUGAUGUGUGGGCGGCAAGCGCUGCGCAGGCGCUGGAUGGCGUCUGCUCGUCAGGCCGCAGCACUUCUCAGUGUGCGCCUGAAGCCUCUCAUCUCGGCAACUCUGCGCAUGCUGCGUUGUUCGACGACGCCAUGACCUCUGAGAACGUUGAGAAGCGAGGACAGUGGAAUGUGGAUGGCACGGGGUUGAUUAUUCGGAACACUCAGAUGCAGGGGAAAGCUGCGAGAGAUGGUGGUUUCGAGGUCGGCUACGAAGACCUCAGCGGCCUCCUCGAGGGAAGCGUUUCAACCCUCGGCUCUCUUGACGGCCGCCGCGGGGUGCGGACAGCCGGCUGUGGCGUGAGCGGGAGCAGCGACAGCGGCGUUCCGGAGGGUGGGCUUUUUCCUCGAGAAGGUGGAGGCCGCAAGAGCAGAAAGAGAAGCGCAAGCUAA